AUGGAGAUAAGAAAGAGCACUACGACGGGGGUCAUGUUCUGGACCCCCGCCCCGGCCCACACCUCACACACCAGCUCUGUAAUAUCCGAGGACGCGUGGGAGGAGGAGGAUGAAGAACAGGCAGAGAAAGCGGACGACUUUGUCAGCCAGAUGGAUGAGAACGGCAUCAUCGGACUGGCGGAGGCGCUGGAGGACGUGAGACUGGAGGAAACUUGCGAUUUGGACGCAGAGGGUAAUCCAGCGUGGGAUCUCGGAGCCAUCACCCCAGAGGAGGCAGACCCUAGUGGGAGUGAGAUUGAUGCGCUGCCUGAGGAGCUGAGCUACAACCUGAGUGAACAUCUGUCCUACACUGAAUCACCAGGAGAGGAUUUCCAAUUAGGUGAUGACACCUUGGAUACCUUGAAAGCACAAAUUGAGGAUGAGGAGGUGGAGGAGCUUCCUGAGAGCGACGAAUACCUAGAGGAAAAAGAUGGAGAGGAAGAGGUUAAGAGAAGUUACAGAAAUGGAACAAAACAUGAACACAGUAGCACAUCAGGAGAGCUCAGAGCUCAAACUGGUUUGGGUGAGAGCCGAACUAAAAAAAGCUCGACACAAUUUUGUAGCACUCACCCGCCAGCCGUAGAACCCGCUGCCUCCAACCACCACUGUCCAACAUACCAGUCUACCUCACCUCUCCCCUCCUCUACCCUCCCUCACCUCCGCCACUUCACUGCUGAGGAAUUAGCCGCCACUCCGGGGAUCGAAGCCGAAACACUUCCAGAUAUGGGCUUCAUAGAAAGUCUUCCAGAGUCACAAAGCGGCUGCACGAGCCUCAGGUCCAGUCCUCGCUCGCCAGGGAAAUCUGACAUGGGGGAGACGUGGGGGCUUCAAGCAGCAGCCGUCUUCCCCCAAACAAACAGUGGAGUCAGUAACAGGCUUUUAAAGUCAGAUGAGCAUCAUCAAAAGCCCACUCCUUUACCGAGGAAGAUGAAGCAGCAGUCUCCUGGUGCUACAUAUUCAAAGACUGGUCGCUCUAGUUCUCUCAGGGCAGACUGCUCCAAAUCCAGUCCAGGUAGAGAGCACAAGACACCCAAAGCCUGGACCAAUGCUGCUCUACUCCACGAAUCCAGAUUGGGGAUUCUGAGUCACCGGACACCAGACUUCUCCAAGGUGGAGCCCAAGGUCCGUUUCCCCAAAGGUGGUUACAAGCCCCCCAAGAGCAAGCACUUGUCCAAAAAGCAGUCCUUGUCCCCUGAGCCCCCGUUAGUGUUUAAAUCUCCUGCUGACAUUGUGAAAGAAGUCCUACUGAGCACCACAGGUGGACCACCUGCCCCGACAGACUCUAACAGACUACCAACCAGUGCCCCCAAGUCCACUGUGCCUCAGGACUUCAGAUGCCGCCAGCAAGCCACCACACUGCUGGAACAGCUGCAGGAAGACUACAACAGACUGCUGACUAAGUAUGCUGAGGCAGAGAAUACUAUUGAUCGCCUACGCCUAGAAGCCAAGGUGAACUUAUACUCUGACCCUCCCAAUCCCGGCCACUCUGUGCAGUCAGGACAGAGGACGGGGGCUUCCAAGAUCAUGACGCUGGAAUUUCCUCAGGCUCAGAGAGCAGAGACCAACUCAGCUACUCUUCAUCCAAACGGACACAGCCCUAAUCAGAGAAGUUCUGCAGCUCGUCCUUCUUCAUCUGCCUCUGUCUCAUCCUCAAGAAGUCCAGGUCCUCAGGUGGGGCAGCAGCUGUCCAAGAUUCUCUACAAUCAGGCCGACAAGUUCCUCCAGCAGCUGCAGACUUUUGAGGACCUCCUUAACAGUAGAAAACUCAAACCUUUUGAACAGAUGAAGGGUCUCUCACAGCUUGGUCAAGGGCUCGAUUCUUUAGAAAGGGGCUACCUGUUAGCGAGAGAUGAGCACAAACACCUGCAGCAGCAAGGAGCAGAAAUCAAUAACUUUGACCCUGAACGGGAGCUGGAUGGGCUCAUCUUUCAGUGCGGGCUGGGUAUGGAUGAGCUGAAGGAGCAGGUGGAACAGAUGCAACAGGAGCAACCCAUCUGUGAAGCACCUCCAUCUCCACCUCCUGCACCUGCCACUUUAUGUGAGGGGAGAGAAGCCCUGUCUCACACACAGGUCGUUCCAGGAGGGGCAACAGUGGUGGAGGUGAGCUUAGUUAGUGAAAAUGAUGAAGAGGAGGAAAAGACAGAAGAUGAGGAAACUCUGAAUUCUGUCUUCCUCAAACCUCUGAAUGGAAAACACAGACACGAUGGUCAAGACUUCACACCGAUAGAUCACUACCAAAGCUUCAAAGAACUUCCAACACUCCUUGACCAUGGCCUGAGAGAUGGAGCUUCCCUCUCUGUUGCUUCAAAAACUGACAUGCUGCCUGUAGAAAAGGGCAAAGAGGGACACGGUCAAGAAACAGAAGUCCAGAGAAGUCUUCCACAGAGGCAAGUUGAAUCAGACCAGCAGGACUCCUCUCCUGUUCCUUCUAGCAAAAAACGAACCAGCAAAUCCAAUCAUCCACGCAGGGCCUCCAGCCAGUCCACCGUGCUCCCCGUUCAUCCUCCCAGUAGCAGUAGGAGGUUAGAGAUGGGAAAGUCUCACAGUAGCAGUCUGAGCAGUUUGGGAGAGAUUGCUGCAUCAGAUAAGAGGAGCUCCAAACUACAAACUGGAGCCAGGAGGGUGCUUUCUCAGGAUGGCAUCAUCUCUCCAGAGACAGACAGCGGGUUUGUCGGCUCAGAGAGCAGCCAUCUGACUCCUGCAGCAGCUCCCAGUCCACUCCACCAGAGGGCGCCAGAGAGCAGUGUUUCAGUCCCUCAGGAAGUGAACUCAGGGAAGCCUCAGACCUCAGGCCCAGUCUCAGCACCUUCUGGUGGUUCUUCACCGUCACACAGACGCACGGCUUUAGAGCCCAGCAGAAUCUCUCGGCGGAGAACCAGAAACGCGAAGAAGAGACGCUCGUUCUCCUGCUCUCCCCAGCGCUGGGUCAGUGAGACAGACCAAACCAGGGCUGAGAGUGGAAGUGAGUUUGGGCUGGAGAGUGACUGCACUUACACCGUGUCUGAAGAGGGACAGAGUGACCGGUACGCCGAAUCCCUCGAUUCCUUCCACAGCUCCUACCCAAGCUCCUCCCCCGCUGCACGGCUUCACCAUGGCGAUUCUCUCAAAGCGCUGAGAUCCAGUCAGGCAGCCAAUCGCGAUGAUGCAAUCCAGACCCUGCAGGCCGAGGUGACCAGACUGAAGGGCCGAAUAGAAAAGUGUUUGAAAAAUAACCCACCUGUCAGCUCUGUGAGAGCAGCUCCUCCAGCUCAGGAGACCCGCACUCACCCUAUCACCUCUACACCUCGCAUCAGGUCUGGGGAACGCCGAACUCCAGUUGAUGAAGCUGAAGAGGAGUCUACGCUGAGACGAACAGCCAGAAAGAGAUCAGCUCCUGCACACAGACAAAAACCACAAGCUGACAUCUGUAAGUACAGUACUUCACAACUUAUAUAUAUCCGGUUCAGAGCUGGAGCCCUCCACACUUCGGCCUCAGGUGUCCAGAUGAUCCUGCUGUGUCAGUACGAGUAUCUGGAUCAGCAGGUGAACCUGACAGCACAAGUCGAGCUCCUCUUUGUCCUCAAUGUUUGUCACAAUGUCACCGAGGGCGAUCUGAAAGGCCAGUUGGUGGCAACAAAGAGUCGAUUCACUCAACCUCUCACUUACGUCACUGUCCUCACUGUGGACGCCUUAAACCAUACAGAAGCACUGAGACAGGUGAGACCAGACCAUGUGAUCACACAGGACUGUCGCAGAGACUCAGACUCGCCCCCACACACGUGCCGCAAACCAGCCAAGUCCCUGGACAGAGCAGCGAGGAGCAGAUAUUUUACAGCUGCAGCUCCUCCUUCACUGCUGCAUUGCACGCCGGUGUGCCCACCACCACUGCUGUUGUACUCUGGUCCUGUGAUGAACUCCUACCCACCUCCCAUCUACGUGUCUCCUAGCAACAGCACUGGCACAUCCUCAGGGAUCAGAGGUCGCAGGGAGGUGAGGGGGAGGACGAGACGUUCCCUAUCCGUUGAUGAGCAGCAUACCAUUGACAGCUCUCUGAACAGAGCCAUCAGAGCUGCACAGCACAUGAAACACACCUCCAGACACAUGGCCCGCUCUCUAGCUACAGGACUGCACUACCAGGAGCUGCUGUCUCAGUCCUGCAGCUACUAG